AUGAGGUCAGCAGUUCCUCCCGCCAAAAUCCGGAAAACCGCCAGGCAAUUGCAAGUUGACAGUGAUGGAUACAAGGGAGACGAGGAGGACGAUGAUUAUGGCGUGUCUGUGGAAAGUGAUGCUGCAGCGGGAAGUGGACAAACUACCGGUGCCACCUCUUCAGCUGAUGCCGAUAUUGAAGCAUAUGUUGCCGCAUACAUGUGCGAGGAGGACUUGGUGUUCAUCAAAUCGCUAUCGAAAGGGAUGCGAACAAACUGUCCUGUCAAAGGAUGUACUGGCAUCUCCACCACCAUAGCAGCCUGUGAGUCAACCCCGACCACCCCUGCCUCUGUUAGUGAUGUUAUGAACACGCGUGGCAUUCGCCACCCAUCCGAUGCCCUACUUCCUAAUACCAUCAGCCCUAGAAACGCCCGGGAUCCAAGUCCUACCUACAACCAGAACACUCAAAACUCGCAGAGUCCGAAUCCGAUGUAUUUGCCAAAGGCCCAAAAGCAGCAGCCGGAUUCCCUUCCUGAACCCACCUUAGAUUCAGACAAUCCCUGCAUCCAGCCAGAAGCAGCGUCAUUUCAGGAAGAUGAUCAAACCACCUCUGGACCAGCUGUGGGUGAUGACGACCCCUUCUCCCAGCCAUAUGCUGUUAGAUAUAAGGAAGAAGACGAGGGUGUGGGUAUUACGCCGUAUGCUGUUGCCUACAUGUGCCAGGAUGACACUGAUAACACCGACCAGACGGACACAAAAACGCCUUCAAGCAGCAACAACGAUACCGACAACACGUUGAACCAGAAUCCGAUGUUCGUGCAGAACACGUUGAACCCGAAUCCGAUGUGUGCACAAAACGCAUUAAACCCGAACCCGAUGUACGGGCAAAACGCAUUAAACCCGAAUCCGGUGCCUAAAGUUGUCCAGGAAGCAGGCUGUGUGUGUACAUCCCGCUGGGUUUGCGCUGCUGUAACCGCUGCCGUCAUUCUGGUGUUGUUGAUCCUCGUCGGGACCCUUGCCGGGCUGUACCUGAAUACUAGAGAGCAGCCGACACAGCCUGUGGACACUACCAACACCACUGAGAGCUACACGGGACACGUCAAGUCGACGCCAAUCGUGUUUGGUGGAGAGGGCUCAUCACCCGGGCAAAUAAGCGAUCCCAACGGAGUGGCGGUAUCCGCUGACAAUGAGAUAUAUGUCGUCGAUUUAAACAACAAACGCGUCCAAGUCUUCAGCAUGAAUGGCACCUUCCUCCGCCUCUUCCCACCGGAAGUGCCUGGCGGGAACGGCCAAGCAAUGCCAAUGUACCCUACUGAUGUGGACAUUGAUGACGAGGGUCAUAUUUGGGUGGUGGGGAAAAAUUUCCCUACAAGCGGUGCUGUGCAUGUGGUACAGUACGGUUUGAACGGCAUACCGGUGACCACAUUUGGCGUGCAACGUUCUGAUUGGUUCCCCGUCAUUGCAGUUAACUCGCGCUAUAACAGAAUCAUCGUGGUAGCACAUUACGAAGUGCUCAAGUUCAAACCAAACGGUUCGUUUGAUGGAAGUUUUGUCAAGGAAGAGGGCGCAGAACUGCGGUACGGCAGACAUCACAUCACAUCAGACAGGGACGGUAACAUCCUCGUAACGGACACUUCUCUCCCCGGUGUCAAGGUGUACGAUCAUAACGGACAGCGCCUGUUCUCGUUCCGCACUGUCAGCGUCGGUAAAGGUAAGCCUAGAGGCAUUUGUAUGGACCCCCAGGGUCACAUCAUGGUGGCUGACUCGGGCAACGGGCGGGUGGACAUGUUCACAAGCCGCGGGAAGUUUGUCCGUACGGUUGUGAACGUUACAAACCCGUGGGGCAUUGCCUUGGGACCGGGUGGACAGUUGGUGGUAACUGACGUAUCUAACUACAUCGUGACAAUCUUUCCACGAUGGAUGGUAUUUCCGGACGAGUAGGAGACUUUCGUGUAGAUGUGACUUGUCGGCUUGUACACCAGGCCUUGCCCACUUUGCACCUUACUUGAUGGUCUUACUUAAUGGAGAAUUGAAAUGAACUAGUAAUGAUAUGUUAUAUAGGGGACCUUCAAGUGUUGACACUAAUUCAUUUGUUACA